AUUACGAACAAACAACAACCAUGCCGUCGUUCGGGUCGUAUUUCAGAAGAAGAGACACAGAAUGGAUCCGGACAUCCUUGCGCACGCCGGGGAUCCUGAUCUUCGGGAUGGUGAUGGCUCCCUGCGGAUGGGUGCUGACCCUUGUCACUACCGUGGCCCCGAACUGGAGGACCCUCCAAGGCUUCCUCAACGCGCCACCGGAUCGGGUCAUCGAGCAAGGGAUCUUCGACGUCUGCAUUGCCGCCACGGCCACGGAGAGGCAGCAGUGUGACCAACAGGACACCACUUACUUCGCCAACGACAUCAUAGAGAUCGCUCAAGGCAUGAUGCUGGGCUCCCUGAUCGUGUGUCUGGUGGGGAUCGCCGUGGCCAUCCCGGGGGUGCGCUGCUGGAGAGACAGGCCCCAGUGGGCGGUCUGCACGUUCGCCGGCUUUCUCAUCUUCGUUGCGGGUGUCCUGACCAUCAUCCCGGUCUCCUGGUACACGCACAUCAUCAACGACGUCACAUCGGGCACCGAUCGGAUAGAUGUCCGCCCCGGCUACUGCCUCGUCCUGGGCUUCAUCGGCGGCAUAUUCGAGGUCCUGGGUGGCUUCGUGAUGGGCCUCGGUUGCUGCCGCUGCUGCGGCGGGAAGAACCGCGGAGAGAGGCCGAUCGAGGAGGUCCUGGGCUCGAGGGCGAGGGGCCAGCCGAAAAGCGAGCCGAGACGCGUGGAGGUGCCGAGCCUGAGCCGCACCAGGAGCGUCGCCCCCAGCAGCAUCCCGGAGUCCUACAAGGAGUCCGUCGAUGAUGAUGUGUCCUUCCCACGGGCCAAGAGCCCCGCGGCCCGCUCAGGGGCCAGCAACCCCUCCUUCAACGGGAGGCCCUACGAUGCUGAUCUAUGAGGCGCAUCAUCUGGGGAGGAGACGGGAGUCAGAGACAUAAUAUGCAGGGGGGGAAGAGGAGAAGGUUGGGCACAUGAAAUGAUGAAGAGUAUUGUAGUUUUAAAAUAGGCAAUGCACCCAGUAUAAAAGUUACAUUUGUUGUAUUCGGA